UUGAUCUACGCCAUACCAAAUCAUUCACCCUCGCGUGCUGCUGGUCUGGGCGAGAUAAAAGUUGUCGAAAAUUACAAAAUGUCUUUCACAUCCAUGGAAUCAGAAGAACAAGAAAGAAAAUUAUUUGUUGGUGGCUUAAAUAAGAGCCUAAGUGACGAAGAAGGUUUAAGAAAUUUUUUUACGCAAUAUGGAAGUAUUAUUGAUUGCACAAUUAUGAGAGAUGGAGAUAAACAGUCUCGUGGAUUUGGCUUUGUUUUAUUCGAACAUGCCACUUCGGUAGAUGACAUAAUAGCGUUGAAGAAAGAAGGUAAGAAUUUUACAUUGGAUGAUCAUCACAUUGAAGUUAAACGAGCAUUGCCAAAGGUACCCGGUGGUAAUGCAGGCUCAUCAAGAACCGGAGGCCUUUACAGAAAAAUCUUUGUUGGUGGUUUACCCAGCACCAUAACGGAUGAAGAUUUACGUACAUAUUUUGAACGAUUUGGUCGUGUUAAUGAAGUUGAAUUACUUAGAGACCGUGAAUCUAACAGACUCCGUGGUUUUGCUUUUGUUACAUUUGAUGACGAAGAUUCUGCUGACAAAUGCAUUCAGAGACGGACUCAUGAGAUUUGCAAAAAAAUAUGUGAGGUUAAAAGAGCUCAAACUAGAUCAACCCUUACAAAGUAUGAGCAUGAUGAUGGUGGAAGACAGAGGGAUAAUUACCAUAACAGUAAUUACCACCAUAGAGAUGGUGGGGAUAGACACGGUGCUCACCAAGCAUCACCAUCUGGGGGAAGUCUUGGUAUGGCUGAAGUUAACCAGUUAAUACAACAAGCUUUUGUGAUGGGUCAGCAAAGUGUAUUACAACCAUCAGCUAUGCAACCUCCAACUGCAGCCUCAUUGCUUGCACUGACAGGAUCAUCAGGUGCAUCAUUUGCAGCACCACCAGUUAACAAUGCUCUUCUUCAAGCUUUGAUUAGUCAACAACAUGCAGCUAAUCAACCACCUCCUGCUCCUAUUGCCCCGCCACAAGCAGCACCAGCUAAUACUGGAGCAAUUAAUCAGCUUGCACAACUUCUUCAGGGAAAAAUAGAUCCUAAUGCAUUGACUGCUUUAUUGAAACAUGAGCCAGACAUGCGUUCAGGGCCAAAACCAGCGAACAGUGGUAGUUAUUCUACAACCUACCCGCCUACAUCAGCUUAUGACCUUUAUUAUGGCCAGCAAAAUUCGUCAAAUUAUGGUUCUUCCAAAGAUGAAUCAGAUUCUAAGAGGUACAGGCCAUAUUAAAAAGUCAAAGACAACGUCAAAAGGACUCCAGUAAAAAAGCAUAUUUAGUGUACAGCUAAUUACACACAGACUUAACAUUAAAGGAAUAAAAGAAAAAGAACAGUAUACCUUAAAAGAUCGAAAGAACAUUCUUAGUUAAAUGUCUAGAUUGCUUUUACUGGAUGACUAGACAAGUUAAAAAUAUCAAUUUUUCUACACUUCAGGAAAGUGUUGUGACCAGUGUAUAUUAGACGUAAAUAUACCUUAAGUGGAUAAAUUUUGGCGAGGAUUAAAUUUGGCGAAGUUCGGUGAAGUUCGGCGAAAUUCGCCAAAUUAAACGCCUGCUAAAAUUUUGAUAACUGACUUUUCGCCAAGUUAACAUAAUUUACCGUUCGCCAAAUUAAAUCCCCGUUAAUUUUAAAAAAAAAUACGUUUUUUUUUUAAUUAAAAGAAGAAAAAUGUUUUAUUCCCAAAAAAACUAACUGUUUUUAUUGAUGAUAAUGAAGAAUAGAAUUUUUAACUCUAUAACAUAUUUUGUGUUUAUAUAAUAUAAACACAAAAUUUGUUCUUAUUUUUUAUAAAACAUUUCAAGAAUAAAAAUUCAUUUCUUUGUGUCAUUCUCCAAAAUAAAUCCCGCCAAAAAACAUUUUUUGUAUUCGCUAAAUUAAGUCCCCGCCAAAUAUUCCAUUUUGGUCAUUCGUCAAAAUAAUCACUCGCCAAAAUUUAUCCACUUAAGGUAUUUAUUAAAAAUCAGUAGAAGUUUCAGUGUUGUGUCUCCAUACAUACAGUUUUCUGUAAAUUACUAAAACAAAGAAAUUAAGUUAUGCUUUAAAUGUGCUAGAGUUUAGCAUUAUAAACAGUUAGAAGAAGGGCUUAAAUAUGUAGAUAUUUCCAAAAUUUUAUGUAUUUGGAGAAUAUUAAAUGUGUGUUUUUCAUGGUUUUCUUUCCUUUUGUAUAGAAAAUGGAAUAUCAUUUUUUAGUUUAUUGCAAUGUUACUUUAUGGUUCCUUAUAUAGAAGCAGAAAAAAUUUUUACAUUUUUAUUUCUAGUUUGUGUUUAACGCCUAUUGUGUCUUGUUUGUGAUAUGUCAUUUCUUUUGUGUUAGUUGUUCUGAUGAAUGGUCAAUAAUGUAUACGCAUCGAUAAUUUUUUUUACUCGAAGAAAUAUUAAUUGCAAGUGG